CCCGGCGUUGGUGUUGGUGUUGUAUACUUCCUGUCGCAGCCAUACCUGUUUCCUUGUGCUGAGAUCCUGAGGUGAUGAAUCAUAGUGAAAGAUUCGUUUUCAUUGCAGAGUGGUAUGAUCCAAAUGCUUCACUAUUUCGACGUUAUGAGCUUUUAUUUUACCCAGGGGAUGGAUCUGUUGAAAUGCAUGAUGUAAAGAAUCAUCGCACCUUUUUAAAGAGGACCAAAUAUGAAGACCUUCACUUGGAAGAUUUAUUUAUAGGCAACAAAGUGAAUGUCUUUUCUCGACAACUGGUGCUACUUGACUAUGGGGAUCAAUAUACAGCUCGGCAACUGGGCAGUAGGAAAGAAAAAACAUUAGCCCUGAUUAAACCAGAUGCAGUAUCAAAAGCAGGAGAAAUAAUUGAAAUAAUAAGCAAAGCUGGAUUUACUCUAACCAAACUCAAAAUGAUGACACUUUCAAGGAAAGAAGCAACAGAUUUUCAUAUAGAUCAUCAGUCAAGGCCCUUUUUAAAUGAGCUGAUCCAGUUUAUCACCAGUGGUCCUAUAAUUGCCAUGGAGAUUUUAAGAGAUGAUGCUAUAUGUGAAUGGAAAACACUCCUUGGACCUGCGAACUCUGGACUGGCGCGUACAGAUGCUCCUGGAAGCAUUAGAGCUCUCUUUGGAACAGAUGGCAUAAGAAAUGCAGCUCAUGGCCCUGAUUCUUUCGCUUGUGCUGCCAGAGAAAUGGAGUUAUUUUUUCCUUCGAGUGGAGUUUGUGGGCCAGCAAACACUGCUAAAUUUACCAGUUGUACUACUUGUUGCAUUGUUAAGCCCCAUGCCAUCAGCGAAGGACUGCUGGGAAAGAUUCUGAUGGCUAUCCGAGAUGCAGGUUUUGAAAUUUCAGCUAUGCAGAUGUUCAACAUGGAUCGAGUUAAUGUUGAAGAGUUUUAUGAAAUUUAUAAAGGAGUCGUGUCUGAGUAUAACGAAAUGGUGACAGAAAUGUAUUCUGGCCCUUGUGUAGCAAUGGAGAUUCAACAGACGAAUCCUACAGUGACAUUUCGAGAAUUCUGUGGACCUGCUGAUCCUGAAAUUGCCCGGCAUUUACGCCCUGGAACCCUCCGAGCAAUCUUUGGUAAAACUAAGAUUCAGAAUGCUGUCCACUGUACUGAUCUGCCAGAGGAUGGCCUAUUAGAGAAUCUUGCUUCAUGAGCCCGGAGUCGGGCCGAAGCUCCUGCAGUGGGAGCUCCAAGUCCAAACCACUGAACUAACAGAGAACCUCAGACCCCAGGGAAUAUUAAUCAGAGUGAGGUCUCAUGGAGUGCCUCAUCUCAGCACCAAGACCCAGCUCUACCCAAUAGCCUACACACUCCAGUGUUGGAAGCCUCAGGCCAAACAGCCAGUAAGACAGGAACACAAUCCCACUCAUUAAAAGAAAAAAAAAUGAGAUGGCAAAAAAAUAUGUCACAGAUGAAGGAGCAAGGUAAAAAUCUACAGGACAAAUAAAUGAAGAGGAAAUAGGCAAUCUACCUGGAAAAGAAUUCAGAGUAAUGAUAAUAAAGAUAAUCCAGAAUCUCAAAAAUAGAAUAGAGGCAUGGAUUGAGAAAAUACAAUAAAUGUUUAACAAAGAUCUAGAAGAACUAAAGAACAAACAAACAAAGAUGAACAACACAAUAACUGAAAUGAAGAAUACACUAGAAGGAAUCAAUACCAGAAUAACUGAGGCAGAAGAAUGAAUAAGUGAGCUGGAAGACAAAAUGGUGGAAAUAACUGCCAAGGAGCAGAAUAAAGAAAAAAGAAUCAGAAGAAUUGAAGACACUCUCAGAGACCUCUGGGACAACAGUAAACGCACCAACAUUCGAAUUAUAGGGGUCCAAAAGGAGAAGAGGAGUAAAUGAAAGGGUCUGAGAAAAUAUUUGAAGAGAUUAUAGUUGAAAACUUCCCUAACAUGGGAAAGGAAAUAGUCACCCAAGUCCAGGAAGCACAGAGAGUCCCAUACAGAAUAAACCCUAGGAAAAACAAACCAAGACACAUAUUAAUCAAACUAACAAAAAUUAAAUUUAAAAAAAUAUUAAAAGCAGCAAGGGAAAAACAAAAAAUAACAUACAAAGGAAUCCCCAUAAGGUUAUCUGCUGAUUUUUCAGUGGAAACACUGCAGGCCAGAAGGGAGUGGCAGGAUAUACAUGAAGUGAUGAAAGAGAAAAACCUACAACCAAAAUUACUCUCCCCAGCAAGGAUCUCAUUCAGAUUCGAUGGAGAGGUCAAAAGCUUUUCAGACAAGCAAAAGCUAAGAGAAUGCAGCACCACCAAACCAGCUUUACAAUAAAUGCUAAAGAAACUUCUCUAAGUGGGAAACAUGAGAAGAAAAUGAGCCACAAAAACAAACCCAAAACAACUAAGAAAAUGACAAUGGGAACAUACAUAUCAAUAAUAACCUUGAAUGUAAAUGGAUUAAAUGCCCCAACCAAAAGACAGACUGCCUGAAUGGAUACAAAAACAAGACCCAUAUAUAUGCUGUCUACAAGAGACCUACUUCAGACCUAGGGACACAUACAGACUGAAAGUGAAAGGAUAGAAAAAGAUACUCCAUCCAAAUGGAAGUUAAAAGAAACCUGGAGUAGCAAUAGUUGUAUCAGAUAAAAUAGACGUUAAAAUAAAGACAGUUACAAGAGAUAAGGAGGGACACUACAUAAUGAUCAAAGGAUCAAUCCAAGAAGAAGAUAUAACAAUUAUAAAUGUUUAUGCACCCAACAUAGGAGCACCUCAAUACAUAAGGCAAAUGCUGACAACCAUGAAAGGAGAAAUUGACAGUAACACAAUAAGAGUAGGGGACUUUUACACCCCACUUACACCAAUGGACAGAUCAUCCAAACUGGAAAUAAAUAGGGAAACACAAGCUUUAAAUGAUACAAUAGACCAGAUAGAUCUAAUUGAUAUUUAUAGAACAUUCCACCCAAAAGUGGCAGAAUACACUUUCCUCUCAAGUGCAUGUGGAACAUUCUCCAGGAUAGAUCACAUCUUGGGUCACAAACCAAGCCUCUGAAAAUUCAAGAAAAUUGAAAUCGUAACAAGCAUCUUUCUGACCACAGUGCUAUGAGAUUGGAAAUCAAUUACAGGGAAAAAACUGUAAAAAACACAAAUACAUGGAGGCUAACCAGUGCACUACUAAAUAACCAAGACAUCACUGAAGAAAUCAAAGAAGAAAUUUUAAAAAUACAUAGAAACAAAUGACAAUAAAAACACAAUGACCCAGGGCUUCCCUGGUGGCACAGUGGUUAAGAAUCUGCCCGCCAAUGCAGGGGACAUGGGUUCAAGUCCUGGUCCAG